UUCCGUCCUCCCUGUACUAUGAGUCUAUAAUAAUAAUUGGGUGUUUAAGUCGCGAGACAACUGAGAUCAUGAGCGACGCCACAGCGGUCGGUCUGUGGAUUGCUUUUGCCCACCUGAGGGUUCUUUAACGUGGAUGAAAGCUCAUCACACGGCACCCCGUAUUUAACGUCCCUCGCGGAAGACGGCGUGCCUAAGCAACUUGUACCCUGCCACCAAGUUGCUGGCGUCCUCGGCCGGGUUCGAACGCGCGAUCUCGGGAUCAGAAGGCGAACACGCUACCAACUCAGCCACCGAUGCCGGUAUAUGAGUUUAUAACAAAGGGGACACGUAUGGCGUUUCUCGUCGGCUCUCGAUCAAAUUACAUUUACCCGCGUUGAACAACAUAUAUACUUGUUUGUUCGAACUAAUUUCUCUAUUUCCAGUUAUGAAACAGGUUCAUGGUACGGGGAAGCCCCUUACAAAAAAUGGCUGUUGACCUUUUGUUUCCGCAGUCUACAGAGAAAACGGGCUAUAAGUAGACUUUCUAUUGAACUCGUGUUUACAUCACAUAUUGAUUUUAUGUUGACUUAUGAAACUUUCAAGUCCUGUCGACAAUUAUUCAGAGGAAGAUGACAGGUCUUCCUGAAGACCCGGCAUAUACUUUACACAAAUUUCCUGUGACCUUCGUGUGCAAGCCUUAUCAUACAUGUUCUCAACUUCUGUGCUGACUAAUUGUUGACUCGGCUGUCGAUGAGUAUAAGAUUUGUCACGCACACGUACAUUGCUUCAAUGCAAUGCAAUUGCAAUUGUGUUGUGUAUCAUGCAUACAGGUGAAAGGAAAACAGCGGACCCCAAAUGAGCAAAAUGACUGCAUUGAACAUGAUACACUGCAUUAUCUAUAUAUCAUAGCAUUUAAAUAUCUCAGCUUUGCCUUUACAGUACGUUCCUGUACUCUGGUCACUUGCCUUGCCGCCCUUCUUUAGCCUGACGUUGCUUCAGCUCCAUCUUUCGCAGCUGUACCUUCGUCAGCAUCGUGAACUGCUACGAACGCGCAAGAUUAUUUUGGACGAUUGAUUGAUUGCUAAAAGAAAAAAAAAAGAGGACAAUUCUGAAAUUUUGAAUGCAUAUAAUGCAUAGUAAUAAUGCAUGAUUUACACUUUCGUCGAAACGGCGUUCACACGCGGAACACAGAGUAUUAGAGACGCGGUUGGCAUGGCUCACCGGAAGUUGGCCUUCCGAAGAUACGUCGAAAGAGGAAGUGAAAUCGCUUUUCUUAUACCGAUCUUCACAUUUAAAACAGCGAGGCCUCGUACGUUUGCCGGCGGCUACUUGCUUAGCGUCGACGCCAUAUUACUAACAUGCUGUUUGCUGCCCUAUUGUGCCUGCUCAGUGGUAAGGUGUCGCAUGGGUUCAAUAUCGAUAUUGCCUUUCCGAUCCUGAUGAACGGGCCCUUGGGAAGUUAUUUCGGUUCCUCUGUCGCGUUCUAUCGGAGUCACGAAGGAGGAACUUUCGCCUUAGUGGGUGCGAUUCGAGCAAACUCCUCCCUCGAAACCUGGAAGGACAUCUACCAGCCUGGCGUGUUGUUCAAGUGUCCGCUUCAAAACCCAGGAGGGCGAUGCAGUGAAGUAGUAGUCGAAUCCCGAGGGCACGACAGGAAGCUAUACGGCGACGAGAAUUGAAGUACUCUGAGCUGAAGGAUAACAUGACGCUGGGCAUGACUCUGGAAUCCGACUAGGAGGCAGGACUGUGGUAUGUGGGCAGCUAUGGCGAAACCAAAAGUGGGACAAGAACCACCUGCCCAACGGUGUGUGCUACGUACUGAACAGCGCCCUGAAACUAGAACGGAAGCUGCUCCCUUUCGUCCGUCACGAUUUGCAGGUUGUCACAGGGACGGUUCGUACUACUACUACGCUGCACAGUGUGGAUUUUCGGCGACCUUAGCAAGCGAUGGUCACAUUAUCCUUGGAGCUCCUGGACUUUCCAAUUGGAAAGGAACUGUGAUAAAAUACGGACCAUCGCUGCAGGGUUGGGCGCCUGAGCUCGGGAACGUAAAAACCAUGGAAACUUGAAGAGGAUGCGUACAUCGGUUAUUCGGUUGCAAGCGGUCGAUUUUACAAGAAAAACCCAGUGACAAUCGUCGCGGGCGCUCCAAGGGGUAAUCAAUACAGAGGGGAGGUGAUCUUGUAUGCCAGUGAUGCAGAGACUGAAAAGCAGAAACUGUCCGGACAUCAAAUGGGCGAGUAUUUCGGAGCCUCUCUUCUGGCCAUCAGGGUUGACCAGCGAGGAGGUGCAUACGACAAUCUUCUGGUCGGAGCUCCCCAGUUCACACAGCCUGAUGGAAUGGACGAAGGAAGAGUCUACGUCUACCGGAGCUACGGAAAUGGCUUGGUUUUUGAUAUCGUCCUUGAUGGCGGCGCGACAAGUCAAUCAAGAUUUGGAACUUCCAUUGCCGACAUCGGUGACAUCAAUAUGGACGGGUACAACGACGUUGCAGUGGGUGCACCGUUCGAAGACAAUGUUGGAGCUGUCUACGUCUACCACGGAGCAAGGGAUUCUACAUUUAGGGGUAACUACGCUCAGCGCAUUCUGGCCAGCCAGAUCGCGUCAAAGACAGGGGCUGCUCUCAGAGGAUUCGGAUUCAGCAUCUCCAAAGGUUACGACGCAGACAAAAUCGCUACAAUGGUAUGUAGAGAGUGCAACUUGGGCACACGAAAUUCACGGUAUCAACGGAGACAAUGUUAUAUCCUCACAGAAUCGUAG